CAUUCUGCUUUGCACGGUCGCACGGUACGGUUGGGUUCGCAAGUAACGGAAUAUAUGUAUAUAGCACUGCCAAGCUUUCAUCGCGCGUGUUUGUGAGAGUGUGAGUGUGCUGCCUGCUGCUGUUUUUGUUGUUGUUGCUGGCGACCCCACGCGCAACGAAAGCGAAAGUUUUGUUUGGCGCGCGUGUUGCCAUUGGCGUCGACGUCGACGUCUAUGAAUUUGCACACACACACACACACCUUUAACCAGCCGCAGACCGUGCCCGUGCCCGUGCACAUCCCACAUAGAAUAGAUUAAAAGCGUGUGAAAACAACAACGAAACAGAGAGAGAGAGAGAGCUAGAAAUAUGCUCAUUAUUUUCAAUGAGGGUGCAAUAAAUUAGAAAGAAGCGUGUUUAUGCUGCCAUUCUGAUCCGUGUCUGUGUCUUCUCCGUGUGUGCAUGUGUGGAUGAGAGUGCGCUGCCCCGCCAAAAGAGUUUAGCCAACCGGAAAAACAACAGAUCAACAUACGAUACGCAACAUUCCCGCCGCAUUUCCUGGAACGCUCACACGAGACGUGUUAGUCCACCAAAAGAAAUGGCACCCACCAUAUGUUCGGACAAAAAACAGAUGCGAGAUUCGCGGCGACAUCGUGUCGUGGCCACGGCAGCCAUUUCAUCAGCCACCACCAACACAUCAUCAUCAUCAUCAUCGUCAAUGUCGUCGGCAUCGGCUUCGUCAUCGUCGUCAUCCUCGUCAGCAGCUGCUGCCACACAAGUCAGCUCAGUGCUUAGCUUUGGUUCAAUGAACUCAGUGCGUCGUCGACGCCUGCACCACCACCACCACCACCGAAGACUGCCAAUGAUCUCAGGCAGUGCCGCCGUACCGUCGUCCCCACGGCGUGGCACACAGGCGGAGGCCAGCAGGAGAGCGUCGUCCACACGGGCAGAGAUGCAAUCAGCGCGAAGCCAAAGCGAGUCAGCAGAAGUGCAACUUCAGCUGCAGCUGCAGCAACAUUCCAGCGGCGAGAAUAUCAAAACAGUAUUACAGCCUACCAUGGGCAACAGCAGCAACAGCUGCAGCCACAGCAGCCAUAGAGGAGGAGGAGGAGCAACAGCAACAGCAACAGCCAAACAUUGUGACAAUGCACUGGCUGAGGCGAUGAUGGACGACGAUGGCGACAGUGGCUACGAGUACUCGCAGGAGCCCAGCAAGGAGCAGCAGCACAACAACAACAACUACCAGCAUCAGAACAGCGACGGUCUGCUCUCCAUUGCCAUCAAGACGAUCAAGCUGGUGCAGCGUAACAAGCUGCUGCAGAAGCGUCUGGCCCAGCUGCAGCUGGAGACAUCGGAGUUCAUUGCCUCGGUGCUGGCCAAUCCAGAGAAUCGGCAGUACCGCGAGAAGAUCACCACCAAGACGGAAGCCAAGGUCAGCAACAUGCUGCUGCGCCACUAGACAGGGGCCAAUGCCAACCAAUGCCUAACUAUUAUUUUUGUUUCUUUUAUUUGGUCUGUUUUUUUAGAGCCCAUAUUGCCCCGUUUUUGGUUGAGAACACGCUGGACGCCAAUUGCAAUUCCAUAGGAAAUACACAUUUAUCUAUUUAUUCUUCCAAGACAUAAAACUUCAAUAAUCUUAAUCUAAAAUCGCAUCUCUAAUAUAGCGAUUUAUUGUAUUUAUAGUGUCGUAUUUCAGAAUAUUUUUAUUAUUUAAUUUUGCUCGGUAGUUUCAGUUUUUAUUGAUGCCCCAUGCUUGGCAGCAUGUUGCUAGUGUUCAUUGAAAUAAAUCAUUGCAUACUUUUGGGCUGCUUCAGUUUAAGCCAACUUUUUCUUAAUUUAUAUUUAAACAAUAUUCUCAACGCUACUGCCACACACUGCUGCAUCUGUUGCACUUACGCCAUGGAAUUGCAAUUAGCUGGUUAUCAUAGUUGUUACAGCGACUAAAUUUGCCCAGAGGUGGGGGGGGGCUUAGUUUUUGAGCAAUUCGUACUGAUUAACUUUAUAAAAAACCACACAUCAAAGUCUAACAUUUUGAGCAUACAAUUAAACAAAAAAAAAAGAAUCAACAAAACGAAAUUACGGCUAACAAAACAGAAAAAAUAAUAUUUAUAAAAAUGCAUGAAAAGUCUAACAAACAAACAACAAUUCUAUCUUUAUGUGUAGAUGUUAGGUAUUCUUUUAUGUUUAACAUAUAUUUUUACAUUCAAGAAACUAAUUUAUAAUAAAUGUAAUUACUAUAAUUAGUGUUUACCAGGCAUAAUCAUUGAAAACCCAAGACGCUUUCGGCUUUAUACAAUAAAUAGAAUAGUUCUAGUGCAACUCAAUCGAGAUGACCAGCAAUUGGUUUUAAGACGAAACAAAGUAAGGCCGCUAUACGUAAUCGGAGGUCGCACACGAGCGAUAUAGAACUCCGAUAAAUGAUAGUACUACCUCUAUGAAAGUUAUCAGAAAUGCAAUGCAAAUCAAAGCAAAACAAAAACAAAACCAAAACCAAAAUGUAUGCUAAAGACAAGCAAAAUAGUUACAAUUCUAAACUAAACUAAACAACAACAAUUAUGUGCAUCUUUUUUCUCUACUCUAGAUCGUAGUUAGAAAAGUUUUUCAUUAACAUUUUCUACAUACAAUAAUUGGCAGAGAUAUCAAAUCAUAACAAUAUCAUCCAUAAAAUUAGUGACAAAAUAAAAACAUAUAAAUAUA